AUGAAUCAGAAGACAGCUUCUGAGGUGUUUGAGCUGAAUGACACAAUUGUGAAAGAACAAUCUGAUAAGUUUAACAAUGAAUACAAAGACUCAGUUGAAGGCAUCAGUAGACUGGCCGCUGGGACCAUGAAUUUCACGUUUGAUCUCAUUUGA